GCUUCCAGCCCGGCCCGCCCGGUUUGCGGGCCAUGGAGCUCCAAGCAGCGGAUCGAGAGCAGCCGGAGCGCCCCAGCCUACCCGUCCGGUGCCUGGCUGCCAUCCCUUCCCUGCCUGAGCCCUGGAAACAGCAGCCCCCAGGCUCCUGAGCAGCGCCAACAACAUGAAGGCUCCGGGUCGGCUCCUGCUUGUCAUCCUGUGCUCCUUGGGCUUCUCUGCUGCCUACAUCCUGCUGUGCUGCUGGGCCUGCCUGUCCUUCUGCCUGGCCCCCUGCCUGGACCCCCACCUGCCCACCAACUCCAGGCCCACCGUGCCCGGGCCCCUGCACUUCAGCGGAUACAGCAGUGUGCCAGACGGGAAGCCGCUGGUCCGAGAACCAUGCCGUAGCUGUGCGGUGGUGUCCAGCUCGGGCCAGAUGCUGGGCUCAGGCCUGGGCGCCGAGAUCGACCGCGCCGAGUGCGUCCUGCGCAUGAACCAGGCGCCCACCGUGGGCUUCGAGGCGGACGUGGGCCGGCGCAGCACCCUGCGUGUCGUCUCGCACACGACAGUGCCCCUGCUGCUGCGCAACUACUCACACUACUUCCAGCACGCUCGCGACACGCUCUACGUGGUGUGGGGCCAGGGCAGGCACAUGGACCGGGCGCUGGGCGGCCGCACCUACCGCACACUGCUGCAGCUCACCCAGAUGUACCCAGGCCUGCAGAUUUACACCUUCACCGAGCGCAUGAUGGCCUACUGCGACCAGGUCUUCCAGGACGAGACGGGCAAGAACCGGAGACAGUCGGGCUCCUUCCUCAGCACCGGCUGGUUCACCAUGAUCCUGGCCCUGGAGCUGUGCGAGGAGAUCGUGGUCUACGGGAUGGUCAGCGACAGCUACUGCAGGGAGGAGAGCCACCCCUCAGUGCCUUACCACUACUUUGAGAAGGGCCGGCUGGACGAGUGUCAGAUGUACCUGGCCCACGAGCGGGCGCCCCGCAGCGCCCACCGCUUCAUCACUGAGAAGGCCGUGUUCUCCCGCUGGGCCAAGAAGAGGCCCAUUGUGUUCGCCCACCCAUCGUGGAGGACCCAGUAGCCCCAUCGCCUAGCCAGCCGCAGUGCCUCCGCCGGGCCUCUGUUCACACUCCAUUUAAUUUAUGGAUCCUGUCUCCUGCCACAUGCCUAGUGGACCUGCGGUCCCUUCUUGCCCUACCCUGGGGACACUUGGAGCUAUCUUAGGCCUCCAGACUUGAGGGGGAGAGGAGGAAGACUGUGGGGACCUUUGCAGCCCUCCUCUGCAUCCCACUCCCUGAGUAACCCAAAUUUUCAUUUUGCGGUUCAUCCCCCUCCUGUGGGUCUGUCCAGUGGCCUUUGCCCCGGGGGCUGAUGGUCCCCCAUUCACCAGCAUCGUGAUCUUCGAUCUUUCAGUAGCCCUGGUCCUUCUUCACGGUCCCCCCUCCACCUGCCUUUGGUGCCACAUUUCCCAGGCUGGAGCUUGGAGUUCAUUGGGCGAAGGGGCCUUUGAACUGUGACUGCCAGGACCACCUCUGGAGUGUACGGGUAAACCUAUGUUUUCUGGAAACGUG